AUGGUUUAUUUCAGGCUCUGCGCACGCCUCCCCCGCUUUGGCCUUUUAUCGACCAUUCUCUACCGGAUCUCCUUGAUCAUAUAUCGGGUAUACUUCCACCGUUUGUCCGGCAUUCCGGGUCCGAGACUUUAUGCGGCUUCCUUCAUCUCCUACCUUUACCAGGACAGCAUUGUCAGGAUAUUUGUGAUUCACAUCCAUGAGAAACACGGGCCCUUCAUCCGCAUCGCGCCGAAUCAUCGACGGGUGAUCAGGCAUGCCUUCUCUGAGAUCGCAUUAGCAGGAAAAGAGCAGUACAUCACGGUCUAUAAAAUGAGACUGCUCAAAAGCCGUAUAGAGGCAGGUGGGUUAGUGGACAUGACCCGGUGGUAUAACCAUCUCACCUUCGAUCCUUGGGACCUCGCCACUACCGAUCCGUUCGAUUGCCUCCAAAGGAGCGAAUACCAUACCUUUGUAGCCGUAGUCUUUAGCAGUAUUAGAGCUCAAAGGAGGGCCGACAAGGUGAAAAAGAACCAGGAGUUCAAAGAUAUAGAACGUAUUAAGACUGAGAAACGGAUCGCCCAGGGAGUCGGCACGCGGGAGGUUAUUAUGCCUUACAUCCUCCGUCACAACAAGGAAGGGACGGAAAUAACACAUGAAGAAACCAUGACCACCGCGACAGCAUUAGCAGGCCUAACCUUUCACUUAACCCAGAACCCCGAAGUGUACCGCCUGCUCGCCGACAAGAUCCGCUCGUCCUUUGCACCCGAAGACGAGAUCAAUUUAAAGUCCACCAGCACUCUUCGGUACCUUCGGGCGUGUCCGGAGGAGAUCCUUCACAUCUAUCCUCCGGCCGCCGAAACUCUUCCCCGAAUCUCCCCCGGCGCUACUACUAACUCCAUGGUUCUCCGGUCAUACGUGUCGAUCUUCCAAUGGGCGACCCAUCACUCACCUCGUAACUUCAUCGAUCCCGAGCUGUUCGCCUCGCAGCGUUGGCUGCCCUGGAGACAUCCGCUCUACGAUCCGCGAUACAUAUCCGAUAACAAGGCAUCAUUCCUGGCGUAUGCGGAGAUGCAGCUGGUUACGGCCCGUUUGCUGUGGAACUUUGACAUCCAGCUGCAGGAUAGACAAGACGAUUGGGUGCAGCGCCAGCGAACCUUCGUUUUGCGACUGAGGGCUGGACUUUGA